CAGCGGCCAGCACCGUCUUCAAACAGGAACCAUGAAGCUGAUCAUCUUCGCCUGCCUGGCCGCCGUCGCCCUCGCCCGCCCUCAGAAACCCGACUCUGAGGCCGAGACCGUUUUGGACGAGAGGUCCGACAACGGCGACGGCAACUUCCAGUACACUUUCGAGACCAGCAACGGCAUCAAAUCCUCCAACGCUGGUACUCCUGGGUCUGAGGGCCAGAGCAACAUGCAAGGAUCAUACAGCUUCCUCCUUCCCGAACUGCUCCGCAUCGCUGAGGAACAGCGGGCGAGCGGAGUUCAGUUUUAGGAUUCUUGAGGAACUGUGUUCAUGACAACGAGCUCUCUCUGAUUUUCCUGUAAAUAAAUGAAGAAAAGGCAAUUUAUGAUGUGCAUGUAGUACUGUACAUAAUACACUAAUCACAUGACCAA